CGGCAGAAUCCUUGCCACCGCUUUCUUCUCUCUUCAGUAGAAGGGAUAUUAACACAAAUAACCUGGUCUCUGUAACGAUCGUCAAGACUGCCUUCAAAUCCAGACCCAGUACGAUAAACCAGAAAUUGAUAAUAAAAGUUGCCUUUUUUGGAUUAAAAAUAAUUUAAAAAAAAGAAGAAAGAGAAAGCAAAAAGAAAAACUUGGGCAAAGUUUCCAUGUGUUUGACAGUCUUAAUUGCUGAAAUAACUUCUCCUUCCUUGUCCAGUACAGGCCUCGUACCUCUCUUCUUUUUGCUUCCUUCUCCAUUUCUGCAUCUUAACUCAAAAUUUGUUGCUAGUGGAACCAAAAACUUCUGUUUGCAGCAGCGUUGAUAUUCUUUUUAGCCAACGGAAGUCCAGUAGUUUACAGGCCGAGAUGACAAGGUUAUACGACGCCGUUUAGAUGCUGAAUUCGAGCGGCACAUGAAACCCUGCGUAUGACUGAUAAAAAAGCAGCAACACUUAGACGACAACGUUUAUAUCGCAGAACAGUAUCACUAAGCUCGAGUGCUCGAUUUUUCCGUUUUCGUCUCCGUUUGUGUGUGUUUUCAGCUUCGCUGUCUCUCUUUCUCUCCCCCUAGAAUGGCGACGGCAAUGAUCUCGGAGACCAAAAAGGCGCCGCGGCCGGGGCGGGGCGGAUACCAAGCUCACGGCAUGACUGAAGAGGAAGCUCGUGUACGAGCCAUAGCAGAAAUCGUCAACUCCAUGGUGGAACUCUCGCGAAAGAACCAAACUGUGGACCUCAAUGCUAUUAAAUCCGCCGCCUGCCGCAAGUACGGCCUCGCGCGAGCCCCGAAACUCGUGGAGAUGAUCGCAGCUCUUCCGGAGUCCGAACGAGACUCGCUACUUCCUAAGCUCCGCGCCAAGCCUGUCCGUACUGCCUCCGGAAUCGCGGUCGUGGCCGUCAUGUCGAAACCACAUCGGUGCCCCCAUAUUGCAACAACGGGAAACAUUUGCGUUUAUUGUCCUGGUGGACCGGACUCAGAUUUUGAGUACAGCACACAAUCCUACACUGGCUAUGAACCUACUAGCAUGCGUGCAAUUCGAGCCAGAUAUAACCCAUAUGUUCAGGCUAGAAGCAGGAUUGAUCAACUUAAGCGGUUGGGCCACAGUGUAGAUAAGGUUGAGUUCAUAUUGAUGGGUGGUACUUUCAUGUCAUUGCCAGCGGACUACCGUGAUUACUUUAUAAGGAAUCUUCAUGAUGCUUUGUCAGGACACACUUCUGCCAAUGUUGAAGAGGCAGUUGCUUACUCUGAGCAUAGUGCCACAAAGUGUAUUGGCAUGACAAUUGAAACGAGGCCAGAUUACUGCCUCGGACCUCAUCUACGUCAAAUGCUUUCUUAUGGUUGUACGCGAUUGGAGAUUGGAGUUCAAAGCACAUAUGAGGAUGUUGCUCGGGAUACUAAUAGAGGACACACAGUAGCAGCUGUUGCUGAUUGUUUUUGCUUGGCAAAGGAUGCUGGGUUCAAGGUUGUUGCUCAUAUGAUGCCUGAUCUUCCAAAUGUUGGAGUAGAGAGGGACCUUGAAAGUUUUAGGGAGUUCUUUGAGAGUCCUUUAUUUAGAGCAGAUGGGCUGAAAAUUUACCCCACACUUGUAAUUCGAGGAACUGGACUUUAUGAGCUUUGGAAAACUGGCAGAUAUAGAAAUUACCCACCUGAGCAACUCGUAGAUAUUGUAGCUCGGAUCCUAGCCAUGGUGCCCCCUUGGACACGUGUUUAUAGAGUUCAACGGGAUAUUCCUAUGCCAUUGGUUACAUCUGGGGUUGAGAAGGGAAAUCUCAGGGAGCUAGCUUUAGCUCGAAUGGAUGACUUGGGUUUAAAAUGCCGUGAUGUCCGUACACGUGAGGCUGGAAUCCAGGACAUUCAUCACAAAAUUAAGCCGGAAGAAGUUGAGCUCGUUCGCCGUGAUUAUACAGCAAAUGAAGGUUGGGAAACAUUUAUUUCAUACGAGGAUGCAAGACAGGAUAUCCUUGUUGGUUUGUUACGAUUGCGAAAGUGUGGUUGCAAUGUUUCUUGUCCAGAGCUCAUGGGCAAGUGCUCUAUUGUUCGUGAACUCCACGUAUAUGGGACUGCUGUUCCUGUUCAUGGGCGUGAUGCAGACAAGUUGCAACACCAGGGUUAUGGUACUCUAUUAAUGGAAGAGGCAGAGCGGAUUGCUCGCAGGGAGCAUAGAUCAACUAAAAUAGCAGUGAUUUCGGGCGUGGGAACCCGUCAUUAUUAUAGGAAACUUGGCUAUGAGCUUGAAGGCCCCUACAUGGUUAAAUCUCUCGAGGCUUGCUAAAUUUUGUAGCACCUACAUGUUUAAAUGUCCUGAGGCUGCUAAUAGGGGAUGCUAUAAAAUUUUGUAAUUUAUUUCAUUUUUUUUAAUAGAAAAUUUAGCUUUUAAUUAAUGAUUUAUUUGUAUACUUUCAGUUUCUUGUAGUAUUUUAUCGGGCAUUUUACCUUUUUUGAAGAACGUUUUCUUCGACUAGAUCAGGGAAAUGGCAAAAUACUUCCCGA